AUGGCAGUUCAAGAAAUACAGCUCCCUCUGAUCGACCUUAGCGGAUACAUUGAUCCUAAAUCUCCUGGAGAUCGCGAGCGCGUUAUUGCUGAGGUCCGCGAUGCGUGCGCGAAGUUCGGGUUCUUCCAAACCAAGGGCCAUGGUAUCUCGCUGGAUCUCCAGAAAGGCUUGCUCAACAGCAUCGAUACGCUGUUCAAUCUACCCAAGGAAGAGAAGCGCAGCCUCUCAUUUCUGCAGAAUGUAUCUCGCCGCGGCUACGAAGAGUCGGGCAUGUCCCUUCGAGAUGGCGAUAAGCUCCCAGAUUCAAAAGAAGCUUUCUAUAUUGGCCGCGAAGACCCCGUAGUCGAGCACGCCGGCUUUUACGGUCCCAACGUCUGGCCACCCCUGCCAGAGGACCAGUUUCGCACCCCAGUCUGGAAUUACUACCAAGCAACUCAUAACCUCGGAUCCAUCAUCUGGGAGAUCCUCCUUCAAGGCCUUGGACACCCCAUCUCCGUGAUGGAGUCCUUUGCUAAGAAGCCCAUGGUCAUGAUGAAGAUGAUACGCUACCCGCCUCUCGCCGCCACACUCCCAGGCCAAUUCGGUGUUGGCGCACAUACCGACUUCGGCGGCGUGACGGUGCUUCUACAGCAACCUGACAAGCAUGGCCUCGAGGUAUGGCUCGACGACAAAGAGGACUGGGUCCCCGUGAAAGCUGUCGAGGAUGUAUAUGUCAUCAACUGUGGCGACAUGAUCAUGAAAUGGAGCGGUGGAGCGUACAAGAGCGCGAAGCAUCGUGUCAUCAACAAGGCGGAUAAUGAGAGUCGAUUGAGUUGCGCGACUUUUUUCCACGGUGAUGUGUUUGCCACGAAUCCGUUGAAUCCGGAUGAUCCGGUUAAGGAAACAGUGGGACAGCUGCUGAUCAAGAGGUUUGGCAAUCAGUUCAGUCUCAGUGAUGAGUGGAAGAGGGAGGUUAAAGCCGCAGCUUGA